GGCACAUAUUCAGAUCCCGGAAAUGAUGCUGCGAUUAGUUUUAGUUGUAAUAAUGACUUCGGCAGGUGUAUGCCAAGUAGGUAUUGGACCAGAACUUCGUUGUUAUCAAUGUAAUUCACUAACACAACCGCACUGUGCAGACUAUUUUGAUAAUCGAACUUUUCCACUAGUUGCCUGUCCAAAUGAUGGAAGAAAUUAUUCUAGGUGUGUCAAGAUGAUUCAGGAAAUGUAUCUAGAUGGAAAAUGGACUAGACGUUAUUAUAGAGAUUGUGCUGUAACUGGUGUGAUUGGUGCAGAAGAUGGUCGUUGGUGUAUAGAUCGUUUGGGUACAUAUCGUGUUAAAGUUCGAUAUUGUAAUUGUAACAAUAAAAAUGGAUGUAAUUCAAGUACACUAUUAACUGUUUCAACAACACUUUAUAUUUUUAUGUUCAAUGUAUUUAUAUUUUACAUUUAUCGAAUACUUAAAGUAUAGGCAUUUAGAAUACAAGAAGAUGUUCAAUUUCUUCUAUUUUCCUUUUUAAUAUGUUUAUGAAAACAAACUUAUGUAAUUGCAACGAAUAACUUUUUUAAAAAGAUCAAAUGAUAAAUAGGCCAUAUUGAAAUAUGAAUAUAAACUUUCAUUUUCAUUGUCUAUCAAGAGAAAUAAGAAAGAGACCAAUCACUAGAAAGUAACUAACUAGAAGGUCAUUUACUUCAUUAUCAUUCAUUUAUUCAUUUUUAUGCAUGAUUAAAUUAUGUAUAUGUGGUUUCUUUUCUUUUUCAUUCGUAUAAACAUUGCUGGAAUAUUAUUAUUAUUUUUUCAGGAUAACUGUAUAAACCACAUUUUCUGUAUUUUAAAUUCAUCUGCUUACUCAUUGUUAAUAGAAAAAAGUGUAUAUAAACAAUGAUCAAUAAUAUGAAUUGUAA